AUGCAUAUCCACCAAAGACCAACCAUCGACGUUGAGUCAACGCUCGCAUCUCUCACUCUUGCCGAAAAGAUAUCCCUUCUAUCAGGCUCCGACUUUUGGCAUUCUGCCGCUAUACCCUCUCAUGGAAUCUCUUCUAUCAAAUGCACCGACGGUCCCAAUGGUGCUCGUGGAGGUCGAUUCUUCAAUCCAGUACCAGCACUAUGCAUACCCUGCGGAACUGGCCUCGGUGGAACAUGGAACCCAGAACUUCUCUACGCAGCAGGUCAGCUUCUCUCAAGAGAAUGCGAAGCAAAAGGCGCCCAUGUAUGGCUAGGUCCGACAGUCAACCUUGUUCGAGGCCCUCUCAACGGUCGCGGAUUCGAGAGUUUCUCUGAAGAUCCUCAUCUGAGUGGAGUGUUGGCUACGGCUAUCAUCAAGGGAGUGCAAAGCCGAGGUACAGCGGCAGCGUUGAAGCAUUUUGUCGCCAACGAUCAAGAAACAGCCAAGAUGUCAACCGAUAUCUGCAUGUCAGAAAGGGCACUGCGGGAAGUUUAUCUCAAACCUUUUCAGAUGGCGGUGCGAGAUGCCAAGCCAAAGGUCGUCAUGUCUUCAUACAAUAAAGUCAAUGGAGUUCAUGUUUCUGAGAGCAGGAAACUUUUGCAAGAUAUUUUGCGAGGGGAAUGGUGUUACGAUGGGCUGGUAAUGAGUGAUUGGUACGGUACAUAUGGCUGUACUGAUGCUCUCAACGCCGGUGUUGAUAUCGAAAUGCCUGGCCCUUCCAGACAUCGUGCCGACAAAGCUAUAGUAGCAGUUGUCUCGGGAAAGGUGAGUAGAAAGACAAUAGACGAUCGAGCAAGAAAGGUUCUCGAACUGGUCAACAACGUGGCAGCAGCACGAGUAUCGACAAAAGAGACGACUCGAGACUCGCCAGAUGAUCGAGCUCUCAACAGACGCCUAGCUACUGAAAGUGUCGUCCUUCUCAAGAACUCAAGUAACAUCCUGCCACUUCAAGCUGAAGAUUGCGACGAUGUAGCUAUAAUAGGAGCAAACGCCAAGCUUCCCAGUACCUGUGGUGGAGGGAGUGCCAACCUCCGGCCAUACUAUACAAGCUCGGUCUUUCAAGGUAUUCGAGACCAAUUACCCCCGAAUGCAAAAGUCCACUUUGAGCCUGGCGUUUCUGGACACGUUUUGCCUCCAUGCUUUACUGAAGAUCAUGUCACCGACGAAGACGGCAAUCGAGGUGUUUCCAUCUCUUUCUUCAACGAACCGGAAUCUGUUCAGGGCAGAAAGCCUUUCGAUCAACAAACCAUACCGGAUACGACUUACCAGCUCAUGGACUACAACCACCCAGACCAAGGCGAAACAUUUUACAUGUCAAUGAAAGCCAACUUCAAACCCGAGAUUGAUGGAUUAUAUGAAUUUAGCCUUGCCAGCUAUGGCAUCUCAAAAUUGUACAUCAACGACAAUCUUGUUAUUGAUAACGAGACAACGCAGACCCACGGUGGGAUGUUCUUUGGGCAUGGGUCUACAGAAGUACGUGGGACGUACAAGAUGAAGUCAGACCAGAGCUAUCACCUACGAGUCGAAUCCGGUAGUGCGUCGACAUCAAGGACGAGUGGAGGCUCAUUCAUCCCGAUCCCUGGAGGAGCCUGUCGUCUUGGUGGCUGUCUCAAAUUCGAACCAGCCGAGGGUAUCAAACGAGCAGUCGCAGCAGCAAAAAAGUGUAAACACACAUUCGUCGUCGUCGGUCUCAAUGCAGAUUUAGAAAAAGAGGGCAAAGACCGAGAGUCAAUGUCCUUACCACCUCACGUCGACGACCUCGUAUCAGCCGUCUUAGAAGCCCAGCCCAACGCCAUUGUGAUAACUCAAGCUGGGAAUCCUAUCGCGAUGCCAUGGCGCCAUCAAGCCAAGACUAUCCUUCACAGUUGGUAUGGCGGGAACGAGGCGGGCAAUGCCGUCGCGGAUGUCAUAUUUGGCAAAGUCAAUCCGAGUGGAAAGCUUCCAAUGACUUUUCCAAGCCGACUCCAAGACGGACCAACCUUUUUGAGUUUCGGUAGUGAUAAUGGUAGGAUCUACUAUGCUGAAGAUGUAUUCGUUGGGCACCGCUGGUUUGAAGCUCGGGAUAUCGAAGUAGCUUUUCCGUUUGGCCACGGACUUAGCUAUACUACCUUCUCUACAUCCAAUAUCCGAAUAACAGACAGUGAUAUACGAGUCGACGUCAAGAAUACAGGCUGUGUGACUGGUGCUGAGGUGCUCAUGCUCUACGUCUCCUUUGACGAAACCAAGUCGGGCAAAAAGUCGAGAUUCCUACGGCCUGUUCGAACACUAGUCGGUUUUCAUAAGGUGUUUCUUGAUCCGGAUCAGGUGUCCCCGGUUACUAUGACGCUAGACAAAUACAGCACCGCGGUGUGGGAUGAGAUGGCGGAUAGUUGGUUGUGUGAAGCGGGGACAUAUAUGGCUUCUGUUGACAUGUAUUGGAGCGGAGCAUGA